AUGGCUCCCAGACCAUCAUCGGGAGAACUAUGGGGGAUGCACUUGAUGCCCCCCAGCAUCCUAGUGGACUGCCUUCUGCCAAAUGGCAUGAUUCUCACGUUGGAGUGCCUCCGGGAGGCCACACUUACUACAGUCAAGCAUGAGCUUUUCAAAGAGGCCAGGAAGUACCCUCUCUACCAUCUGCUGCAGGAGGAGAGCUCCUACAUCUUUGUCAGUGUCACCCAGGAAGCAGAGCGGGAGGAGUUUUAUGAUGAGACCAGGAGGUUGUGUGAUCUUAGGCUUUUCCAGGCCUUCCUCAAGGUUAUUGAGCCAGUAGGCAACAGAGAAGAGAAAAUUCUCAACAGAGAGAUAGGUUUUGCUAUUGGUAUGCCCAUAUGUGAGUUUGAUUUGGUGAAAGACCCUGAGGUGCAGGACUUCAGAAGGAACAUUUUAAAUGUUUGCAAAGAAGCUGUGGACCUCAGAGACAGCAACGGACCCCACAGCAGAGCAUUGUACGUCUACCCUCCCAAUGUUGAAUCCUCAGCAGAGCUUCCCAGGCACAUCUAUAGCAAGCUAGACAAAGGUCAAAUCAUUGUGGUCAUUUGGGUCAUUGUUUCACCCACCAAUGACAAACAGAAGUACACCCUGAAGAUCAAUCAUGAUUAUGUACCAGAGCAAGUGAUUGCAGAAGCCAUUCGGAAGAAGACGCGCAGCAUGCUGCUCUCCCAGGAGCAGUUAAAGAUGUGUGUGCAGGAGUAUCAGGGAAAGUACAUCCUCAAAGUCUGCGGCUGUGAUGAGUACUUACUGGAGAAAUACCCUCUGAGUCAGUACAAGUACGUGCGCAGCUGUAUCAUGCUGGGAAGAAUGCCUAACCUGAUGCUAAUGUCCAAAGACAGCCUGUAUUCCCAACUGCCCAUGGAGUUCUUCACCAUGCCAUCAUACGCAAGGCGAAUAUCCACAGCAACACCCUACAUGAAUGGGGAAACGGCCACCAAGAAUCUGUGGACUAUCAACGGAACGCUAAGGAUUAAGAUACUGUGCGCCACUUAUGUCAAUGUCAACAUCAGAGACAUUGACAAGAUCUACGUCAGGACCGGGAUAUACCAUGGUGGAGAGCAGCUGUGCGACAAUGUCAACACUCUACGUGUGCCGUGCUCAAACCCCAGGUGGAACGAGUGGCUGACUUACGACAUGUACAUUCCAGAAGUCCCUCGAGCUGCCCGACUCUGCCUCUCCAUUUGCUCUGUCAAAGGAAGGAAGGGAGCUAAAGAGGAGCACUGUCCCCUCGCCUGGGGUAACAUUAACCUGUUUGACUACACCCACACACUAGUAGCAGGGAAGAUGGCUCUCAACCUGUGGCCUGUCCCACAUGGCCUGGAAGACCUGCUUAACCCUAUCGGUGUCACGGGCUCCAACCCUAACAAGGAAACCCCAUGUCUGGAGCUGGAGUUUGACCAUUACAGCUCCCCUGUCAAGUUUCCUGAUAUGUCUACCAUUGAGGAUCACGCAAACUGGAACAUAUCCAGAGAGCUUGGCUUUAAUUACUGCCACACUGGUUUGAGUAACAGACUGGCACGGGACAACCCCCUGACUGACAGCGACAAUGAGCAGCUACGGCAAGUGUGUAACAGAGACCCACUUUCUGAAAUCACUGAGCAGGAGAAGGACUUCCUGUGGAGACACAGACAUGACUGCAUCAAUAUGCCAGAGAUCCUUCCCAAGAUCCUCCUGGCUGUGAAGUGGAACUCCAGAGAUGAGGUUGCACAGAUGUAUUGCCUUCUAAAGGACUGGCCCGCUAUCAAACCAGAACAAGCCAUGGAGUUGUUGGAUUGCAACUUCCCCGAUCCUAUGGUCAGAGAGUUUGCUGUGAAGUGCCUUGAGAAAUACCUAACUGAUGACAAACUCUCCCAAUAUCUCAUUCAGCUGGUUCAGGUUCUGAAGUACGAGCAGUACCUUGAUAACCCACUCGCACGGUUCCUGCUGAAAAAGGCGUUAACCAAUCAGAGGAUAGGACAUUUCUUCUUCUGGCAUUUAAAGUCAGAGAUGCACAACAAGACAGUGAGCCAGCGGUUUGGUCUGCUCCUGGAGUCCUACUGCCGGGCCUGUGGCAUGUAUCUGAAGCACUUGAGCAGACAGGUGGAGGCCAUGGAGAAGCUCAUCAAUCUCACUGACCUCCUCAAACAGGAGAAAAAAGAUGAGGCUCAGAAGGUUCAAAUGAAGUUUCUGGUGGAGCAGAUGAAAAGACCUGACUACAUGGAUGCACUGCAAAGCUUCACCUCUCCGCUGAAUCCGGCACAUCAGCUGGGAAACCUCCGCCUGGAGGAAUGCAGGAUGAUGUCGUCAGCAAAGAGACCUCUGUGGCUUAACUGGGAAAACCCAGAUAUGAUGUCUGAGCUGCUCUUUCAGAACAAUGAAAUCAUCUUCAAAAAUGGAGAUGAUCUGAGGCAGGACAUGCUGACGCUACAGAUCAUUAGGAUAAUGGAGAACAUCUGGCAGAACCAAGGCCUUGAUCUCAGGAUGCUGCCCUACGGCUGUUUGUCUAUCGGCGACUGCGUGGGUUUGAUCGAGGUGGUGAGGAACUCUCACACCAUCAUGCAGAUCCAGUGUAAAGGAGGCCUAAAGGGGGCGCUGCAGUUCAACAGCCACACUUUACAUCAGUGGCUCAAGGAUAAGAACAAGGGAGAGAUGUACGACCAGGCCAUCGAUCUGUUCACACGGUCGUGCGCAGGCUACUGUGUAGCUACAUUUAUCCUGGGCAUAGGGGAUAGGCACAAUAGCAACAUCAUGGUUAAAGAUGACGGGCAGCUGUUCCACAUAGACUUUGGUCACUUCCUUGACCACAAAAAGAAGAAGUUUGGGUACAAGAGGGAGCGCGUCCCCUUUGUGCUCACGCAGGACUUUUUGAUUGUUAUUAGCAAAGGAACGCAAGAGUGCACCAAAACGAGGGAGUUUGAAAGAUUCCAGGAGAUGUGCUACAAAGCGUACCUGGCAAUCCGGCAGCACGCCAACCUCUUCAUCAACCUCUUCUCCAUGAUGCUGGGCUCGGGAAUGCCUGAGCUGCAGUCGUUCGACGACAUCGCUUACAUCAGGAAGACCCUGGCCCUGGACAAGUCGGAGCAGGAGGCCCUCGACUACUUCAUGAAGCAGAUGAACGACGCUCACCACGGCGGCUGGACUACCAAGAUGGACUGGAUCUUCCACACAAUUCGCCAGCAUGCCAUGAACUGAGGAAAGAAUGGUGGCAGCAGCAGGACACGAAGAACCACAAGAACAGUAAAAAAUAAGCAAGUUGUUUCCCCUAACACACUAAGGCCUGGUGAAUAUUUCUGCCAGUGCUUGACUCUGAAACUUUGCCUGCCAGCGCGACUCAAAACGAGCACGCUCAGAAGAAAUGCCUAAAUGCUCCUUUCCUUACAGGUGUCUGAAAUUUCUCUCCCUGCAUUAUGAACUUAAGAAGGUGGAGUUAAAUUUCACCUGUUGUCUUCAUAGGAGCUCAGCUAGCGUGGACCUGGACAGCAUUGGCCUUUAUGUGAACCAAGUAUAGACAGGUUACAUUUUCUCUAUCUUUUUAUUUUCAAAGCUUCUACAACCAUCAACAUUAAGAGAGGAACUUCAUGAAGUGAUACACGAUGAGCACAGCUAGCUUUUUAUAAAGAGAGAUUGAAAUCGAAUUAUUUCAACUACCUAUUUUUGAACUGAUGAAGGCGGGGCGGGGUGAAGAUGGGGCUGUUGUUGCAGCCGGGCAGCUCACCUGCCAGGUACUCUCAGAAUUUUCCAAUAAGAUUAUAUAAACACUGAACAAACCUCAAAGUUUUUUGGGAAAAACCUCAACUAAGCAUUUAACACUAUUUGAAGAAAUUGCAAUGAUGACCUAUUUGUAACCUACCAGUGUACAAAUCAUGUCCUGUCAUAUAAGUGACUUUUUGUACAGCAGUAUAUCCAUAUACUUGUAUGCAUUUGGUGCACAUAUUCCUUUUUGAAUCUAUUCUCUACUGAGCCAAAGUACUACAUGCAUAACUCCACUAGUCAGCAGUCUUAUUGUUAAAAACAAACAAAAACCCCCAAAUAAUCACUACUAUUCCAAGUCUUGUGUGUACUGUUAGCACUGAUGUCUGCAGUAUUUGUUUUUUCUUGUCUGUCAGUAUUAGUUUGUGUCACAUGUAGAGGCACAAAUGUGUCAUCUAUUCAGUGCACAUGGACCCGAGAAAAACUUUCGGAUGACCAGCUGGUUAGGGUUUGUCUUUCUUUUUUUUGUUUUUCUUUUGGGAUGCACCAAAAUAUGAAUUUGGCCAGAAGCUUUUUCCCCCCUCUUUUAGUUUGUUUUUGUAUCGCCCCAGUUUGUUCCAGGAAAACAAAAGUUUUUGCUCAAUACUUUAGUUAGAAAAAACAUUUUUUAAGGUCAUCCUCAUCACAGAGUCUCGGAACAUUUAGCCAGCACCAAAUUCAUGUUGGACGACACAUAAACGUCGAUAAACGUCGGGCUCGAUAACCGACCAAUGUAUCGGCGCAUCCCUAGUUUUUCCCUGUUUGGUGGUUUUAUUGUUGUUUAGCUAACAUGGGCGGGAAACAAAGGAUGUGUGGUGUUCAUUUCGUGUGCUGUGCAGUUACUCUAUGCAAGUCAUGAUCCUAUAACAUGUACUGUAUACUGAUGUCGGGCACAGAGGGAAGCGCAUCUUCCCCCUGGCGUGCUCGCACAGAGAACCGUCGGUGGACUUUGUAUAGAAAGUGCAUGGAAGAAGGAAACAAAAAACUCACUAAGUUGCCGUGUAACAGUAUCGUCUACUUCCCAGCAGAAAGAGCUGUGCGAACCACCUCUGGACCCUGCCUUGUACUUGUCCUUGAGAAACUUUGGAGCUUCAGUCUAAGCCAUGUGUUUAAAAAAACAAACAAAAAAAACAACUUUUUUGCUCUCCUUGCUCUCAAUCACAGAGAGCGAAGAAAGAAAAGUAUCCGAAGUUAUAUUUUUGAAACCUUCCAAGUGUCUUCUUCCAUAUCUGUGAUUGUUGCCCUGUGCGUGGAAGCGUGGCCGGCGUUAUCGCCGCACAGACUCUCGUACGCAAGACGUCCAUAAGUGUUGUAGCUUUACUAAAGUGAUGCCUAACAGGGCGGUUUCCUGGAAACUUUAAGUCUGUUAAAGUAAGCGAAGUUUGAGCGAGGACUUAAAACUGCUCAGGAAACUGUGUCGACUGACAUGCACGCGCUUCUGUACGGGAUACAGAGCGGUGGGCCGGACCCGAACUGACAGAACUAACCCUCACAUAUACUUUAUAGAAGACCUAUCUAAACCACGCUCUCUCCCUUUGUACUGGUUUUGUUUCUCACACUGCAUUAUGCAUGACUAUCUACCUUUUUUUUUUUUCUUUCUUCAACCUGAUGUUGUCUACUUGAAUUUCAUGUAUAGAAAUGACCUUGUUACUUGUUUGAGGUACAACAAAGUCACAGUGAAGUUAACAGAUACUGAUACAACAUGUGCAAAUGCUUUCCUUGAAUAACUACAGAGGUAAUAUAUUUUUGUAUUUUUUAAAUGUAAGCAAUCUCAUGAGUAACGGCUAACCAGGAAAAAGGCAAAAAAAAAAAAAGUAAAAAAAGGAGGAGGAGGAGUCACAUGUAACAUUCACCAUCCUCACGCAAAGUCCAGCAAACAGCCUCUUGUCAUCGAAAGGAUGUGACUGAAGGACAAGGACUUGGUGCUGCAGUCGGAGUACCAUUUUCACA